AUGAACAGGGCCAAGAGGAACAGUCACCAAAAUAAUAGAAAUGAGGUUCAGCAAAAUAAAAGAGAGGAAAAGGGCAGAGAGGCACAAAACAAGCAAGCCACAGAGAUGGUGUAUGUGGAAGACACUGCUGAAAAGAUCAUGUCUGUGGUUAAAAAGAGAUUGAACAAUAUUAAAAGGAAGAGAAAGAACAAAAUGCCGAAAAAGAGAAGCAAGGUAAAAAUCAGAAUUGGGAAAGAUAGAGGGGGAGAAGUAGAGUCCAACAAUAUACAAGAAAUUAACAAGGAGGAUAUAGAUCAAAGAGCGACAGAAGAUGAUUAUAGUGAGGGGGAGAUCGAAUCCAAAAAUGCUAAGGAUGGGAUGGACCAACAACAGCAAGAUAAUGAGCAUGUUAAAUUAUCCAGUGAGAAUAAACAUGAUAAUGAGGAAAUGCAUAAGGAGGGAACAAGGGAUAAUAUCAAAGCCAGGAGCAGAGAGAAUGAUUGCGAGACUAUGUCAUCCAGUCUCCCUUCUGAUAUCAAAAACCAUCCUGGAAUUAAUCUAGUGGUGGACUUAGAUGACAAUAUUCCAGAAAUAUAUAGAUCCCAAGAGGAGAUGGAGAAUUACUGUGAAGAGGAAGAGACAGAAUUUAGCAAGAGUAAGGAAAGGAAAGAGUACAAGUUCGAGAACCAAUCACAAGAUGAAAGUGAUGCGCAAUAG